AUUCAGCAGGACUCUGGAGUUCAGGAGCCAAUCAGGCUGAUUUUGACUUAGGCUGUUCUGUAAAAAUUUUUUUUCAAUUUAUUAGCUUAAAUAUUUUCACAUGUAGGAAAUAUUUUGACUUAACCUUUAGAGAAUUAAAGUUCUGGAGGUUUUACAGUUUGUUUCCUGACAGACUGAGGUAUCUCUGCCCCCCCACUCCCAGAUCUGUACCUCUGCCCCCAACCGAGUCUCCUGAUGAGGAGAAACAAGCCCCGCCAGCGGCCUACACCCCAGAAGCUGAGAUGCCUGGCCCUCGUCUGCCUGCUCCUCACCUUCCUCUCCGUCUUGCUGUUCGUACGCAGCUUUAGGAUUUCUGAUCUCAUGAACGAUCAGCUGUGGACCCAACCUUAUCCAGAACCAAAACCAGAACCUGUCCGUACAGAGGCAGCUGCUACUCAGGAACAAGUGAUUUCAUUUGCACCGGUUAAAAACACCAAGACGCUGCUGCUGUCAGCUUAUCAGGAGCACCGGACAAACAGAAAGGAGGUGCGUGUGAUUGCAGUGGUUCUGCGGAGUGAGAAAGCUGCCUAUCGUUGCAUUUUCUGCUGUCAGGAGCAACAGUACGUCUCUGAGGGAGUCAGCAACAUUCACCAGGAUCACUACAAUUUUCCCUACGGGACAGCUGACAUCAUGUGUCCUGUCCCAUCUGGCUGUGAGGCUCCGACCCACAUCACUGUCAAAUCUGCUGCCAACUUCUCUCAAGAUACGACUCAUCAUGAACUUCUGAAAAUAAGGAACCAGGAGGUUCAGAGUGACAAGUUUGAUUUCAACUUCACCGUCUGCUUCUCCACUAUGUUCAACUUCACAAAUGUGCUGCAGUUGGUGCAGAGUCUGACGAUGCUUCAACUGCUGGGCGUGAACAGAGUUGUCAUCUACAAGACUGACUGCAGCCCAGAGAUCCAGCGCAUACUAGACUACUACAUAGGCAAAGGUUUUGUUGAGCUGAUUCCCUGGUCUCUGUCGAAGUUCAUGAAUGUGUCUUAUGGCUGGCUGCCUGAACACGGUCCUGGUCAAAUCCACUACGUAGGUCAGAUUCCUGCCCUUAACGACUGUCUUUACAGAUACAUGUACAAAUCCAGAUAUGUGGCCAUGAAUGAUGUGGAUGAACUCAUUCUACCACAAAGAGUCAACAGUUGGCUGAAGUUGCUACCUCUGCUGGAGAAGACAUACGGUGCCAACAAGUGUUACAUGUUUCAGAACAACGUGUUCCCCAAAGAUGUGGUGCUGCCUCCUCCACCCCUUGCUGAAGCUGCACCUUCAUGGGAGCUUUGGAAGAACAUUUCUGGAGUAAAUAUCUUGGAUCAUCUUUAUCAAGAGCCCGUGACUAAAGAGACGUAUUAUGUUCAGUUCAAAAUCAUCGUCAACCCGCGAGCAGUCUUCUCCACCAGCGUUCACGGAGUUCAGAGAUCCCAGAACGGCUGUGCCUGGGUUGACAGGAAUAUCGCACGGAUGCACCACACCAGAGAUAAAAGGCAGCCUCAGCUGCAACCAAGCCAACUCAUUUAUGAUGACAGACUGCUGAGCUUCAGCGCUCCGCUGAUACGGACCGUCAACGCGGUGCUGCGAGAGAACGGACUCUUACCUGCAGAAGACAAACUCUGACUCCACCUUGUGGACCUCCGUCUCAUCUGUGACGAGAAGUUUCCUCUGUGUUCCUCAGCACUUAAAAGAGUACAGGAAGGUGUAGACUUUGUAGUUUUUUUUAAAUGGAGAAACUUACUUCAUAAAGUGUUUAUUUUUUCUACAGUGUUAUUAUAUUGAUUUUUUAUUCUUAUGGGAGAUAUUAGGCAGUCACCUUGGCAACAUGUUUAAGUCCUAUUCAAAUGAAAAUUGCGUUUUAACACAUUUUUGUGACAAUUUGAUGAAGCUGGAGAACAUGUAUUAAAGGAUUUAAGAUUAAAA